GAAACCAAUUUCGCGUCCGUUUUUCCGACUCCAGUUUUUAAAAAAGGUAAAAUUGAAACACCGGUGAAAAGAUUGAAAGGGGCAAAUAGUGUGUGAGAAUUCCCUGAAGCCCUUGCCAACUCGUUUAGCAUUGGGCCCCUUCUUAUUCACAAAGAGCAGACGCAGAAAACGUGUUUGUGUUUUCCCGAGACGCGCGUCACUACAAAAUACAUUUUCCUCGCUUUUUUACCGGCUUGCCCAAAGAAGUCCGUCGUCUCGUAGUGAAAGAAAAUCCAUAAUCUCAGUGAUACCGUGCGUGAAUCUAGUGAUCGUCAAACCAAGGCCGUCCCGAGGAUCAAAGUGUGUCCAAGUGAAACCUGUUCCGUGUAUUUUGUGGCCGUUGCGUUGUGCAUUAAAAAAGCAGCCGAAAUCGUGCGAUAAUCCACACAGUGGCCAGCCAGCCAGGUCUUCCCGCGCACACCACCAGCAAAACCCGGAGCCACACGAUGUCUAGCGGAAUUCAGAUUACGGCGGACGAUAAACCGACAACCGGCAACAUCAACGCCACGCCGACGAAGACCCCGCCGGUUGGGCCGCCGCCGGUAUCCAGCAUUCCCUCGAGCCCUUCUCAUCUGCAGCUGCCUUCUCCGAUCAUCACGCGGCGCACUCGAACCGCCUCGACGUCCGACCGUGCCAUGCGCAACCCGAUCGAAGAAGGCAAGGUGAAAUCGUUCAGCAGAAGCAAAGGACACGGGUUCAUUACGCCGACCGCCGGUGGGGACGAUCUGUUCGUGCACAUUUCUGACAUCGAGGGAGAGUAUGUGCCACUGCCCGGCGACGAGGUCAGCUAUCGGCUGUGCUCGAUUCCGCCCAAAUACGAGAAGGUGCAGGCCAUCCACGUGCAGAUCACGCACCUAACGCCGGAGAAGCACUCGCGCUGGGAGACCUGCAUCGGGCACGACGACGGCCAUCGGUUGCAUUAGGACCGGUGGUUGGAACCGCCGGAGGAGCAGCAGCCGCAGCAACCGAUGUCUGCGAAGUGCGAUCCGCGCCGGUGGCCAGAUAUUUCGUUCAGUUUUGCGUAGAAAAGGUACCGACGGUGGUGGCAGUGAGUGGACGAGAUGAGAGGAGCGCAAACAGAAGAGCCGGACCGGAAGAGGGGAUGUUCAGUAUUUUGCACGUUUCAGCAUAGUUUUGCUUAUUUUCCCUAUCGAUGGGUUUGUUGGUAACUCGUAAAUAAUGUUAAAUUCUAGUUACCGCUUUGAUUCCCGCGCACACACGUGGCUAGAGUUGGAAAUCUAGUUUAUUCCUUCGGCACGCCUACCGUCCGGAGCAUUGGUUAAAUAAAUAGAAAUGGCGCGUAAUGUGGUGGGAAGAGCCGGAAUAAGGAUGGAGUCAGGAAGGAAGGAUGUGGGGACCAACACAAAACUAAGCGACCCACUGCGAACUAAGAUUACUGGCCAUGGUGGGUCAUACAUGUAGCAGAUGCACACUCUCCAUCGUCGUCGCGGUAUGCAACAGUGUCCAUCGGGAACACAGGUUAUCGCUUGCUUGCCGCCAGAACAUUGUACAACGAAAAUUAGCGAUGAAUACCAGAUACCGGGCCCAGCAGCAGCACACAGGCGUCGUGUUUGGGUUAGGUGCUGCACACUUUAAACCCUUCCUGUGGCGCUGCGCAGGUUGGCAUUUCCUCUAAUCUUUCUGCUAACUAGCAGCGCCAACACAACACACGCGGCGUGUGCAACUAUGUCACGUCAACCGUGAAACGGCCGGCGGAUAGUGGUCGCCGUCGCCAUCGCCACAGAAACCUCAACGCCUUCCAGAGGCAAUAGCACUCCGUGCAGCAUUCUUGUGAACCCCUUUUUUGCUAUCUCUUCCUUCUCGGUUCUCCAGACACGAGAAAACUCCUUUUUACGGCUUAGGCUUAGUGCGACUGCGAGAGCGACGAAACAAAAACCAAUAAAACAGGGCAUUACUACUACCUUCACAAGGCCAACAGAGGGCCAUCCGUGUGUCGGAGCAGGAAAAUGUAUUUUGUAACAAUUUAGAAAUCGGUGCCAGAGGCGCCUCGCCACGCUGCGUCCAUGGACCGCCACGCAACGGUGUUUGUGCUGUGCCUAUAGUGUUUACGUACGUACGACUUUUUCGAGCCAUUUUUCGCGCGCCCGUUCGGUUCAACGAACGUGCGUUUCCGCUGAAAGCAGAUAGCAGAAGGUUCCGCGACGCCGCGAUAAAGUAAUGAGUUUUUUAGGAACGAGCCAUUUCAGCAUCCAGCAGCAACAGCAGAAUUAGAAGCGUGUGUUGUGUGUUAGACAAGCCGUACACGUGUUAUUUCAAUGUUCCACACACCAACCAACCAGAAGGCCCCUGGGGACCAGUCGUCGCAAGAAAUAGGCAGUUCGUGUUAUUCGUGGGCCGACGAGAAGCAACACACACACAAAAAAACAGUAAUCCCGCGCCGGGUGCACCGCAGCCCGGUGCCGAUAGCCGCCGCACAAACGAUGUUAGAUGAUAGAGAAGCUACGUUACGUGUAGUAAACCCUUUUUAGUAAACCGACAUACAGGGCAUAAAGUAGUCGUCAAAUAUGAGCCCCACUAAUCGUAAUCGGCGAUGGCCACCGAUCAAAACCCAUUUCCCGAUGGCGGUCACGAGCGGCACAGGUGGUCGGGAGAUCGUGCUCUAAGCAAAUGUUGUAAUCCAUAUGUUCGUAAUCCAUCCAUAUGUCUCCCACACACACACUGUCCAUGUUGUUCUCGAUUAAUGGUUGCUGUUUGAAAACAAUAGCACCGAAAGCCCACAACAGCAAACCCUUACCUCAUGAAACACCUACCCGCAAAAGCUAGCAAAUGAUGAGGUUUCAGUAAAAACAGAAACAACCAAAAGUUCGCCAAGACUUGGAUGAUUGUUUGAUGUACGAAGCUAUAAAUAAAACCGGUGAAAAAUCUAAAACUGCCGCAACCGGUGCCCAAGAUUUCACGCAUCUUGCUGUACUCCUUCGAGAAAGGGAUAAAGG